CAUGUUUUUACUCUGACAAGAAGGUCAUCGAGGAAAAUUCAACUCAUCAUGAUUACACUAUUGAUUCACCUAUAAGAACGUCGACGAACUUAUUUUUUGCCUACCCAAGAACAACAACGCGUUAUAGUGCAACGAACUACGUAUUUAAGUACAGAUAACCACCGCCGCCGGGGAAAGGUCUCAUCCCUGUUGGGGCCCUUAGCAGGCAAAGCUGGCGGGCAAGACGCAUCCCAUUGCAGGAAAGAGCGCUGCUAUCAAUCGUAUUGGUGGGCGCGUGAGUGAAAGAAUGAAUGAAUAACGAACACCUCCACUAAGAACAUCGUCGCGAAUUAUCUUCUCCGCGUCCUGGAGGGCCUUGACGAUAUUUCCAACAUCCGCGACCAGUCACAGCACCAGUCCUCCAACAACCCUAGACGACAUUUCCAACAACAACCCUAGAAGACGACAUUUCCAACAACAACCCUAGACGACAUUUCCAACAACAACCCUAGACGACAUUUACAGCAACCCACCUAGACGACAUGUUAUACCGUCUGGUGACUAUUGAAGAGCUUGAGGUGCAGGAUUGUGUGGUGAAAAUCCACGUGAAGGAGGAUGACACCCACGAGCUCGACUUCAUUGAGGUCAUCGAUGAUGGAGACGCAGAACCCCCAGAAUUCGAGGACACUGUCGACUGGAAUGAAGAAGCUAUGGAGGAGCUCGAGAGGGGUAUUAAUUUGUUUUAGAUUCUGUUUCUGGAAUGCAGAAGCUAUGGAGGAGCUGGAGUUUUACUUCAUUUUAGAUUCUGUUUCCGAAAGAUACACUUUUUUACACUUGGAGAGAUACAAUCCGUCAUUAUCAUUAAAUCGUCGUUGAUUUCCUGUUUCGUACGACGCGCAGUUGAGAAAGAGCCCUGCUCUCUACUCUACACUCUAGUACAAGGUGUCCUUGCUCUCACUCUACAAGGUGUCCGACGUGCAGUUGAAAAAGAAUUCGGUCCAAAGAAGAUCGUACCCAAAGACCUCACCAUGGUCGACAGCAUGGCGAAGGUGUGUAUGAUAUGGAGGUCUGCACGGAGUGGGGUACCGUUGUACUAUUAUGGCGAAGGAUGUGACAAAGGCGUGCAUUCCCCCUUGAAGAGAUCCAAUCCUUCAGUCAAAAAUUAGAGUAAGUACGUUGACUGAAGAACCCUCUUGCACACCCAAGAACAAAUGGUUAGGUCGUGUAUCAUAUAGAUACAUAAUUAAAGUCUUCUAACUUUCCGGUGCUGAGAAAUGUGCUGCGCCAGAGCUGCGAUUUGGAAAAGUCACGAAAGACUCGAUCCAAGUAAAGUUUUUUAUCAAGGGAACGCCAGAGAUCGAUCCGCAUGUGGAACGCUUCGAAGUUGUGGUAUUAUCGAUGCCUAUAGUUAUGCUUAUGAUGGCUCUCAACCGGCUCUAGAUGCUUAGUCUCUGUCCUGUAAUAAGGAUAUUUUUCAUCUCGUGUAAGAUAUAUGACGAUACCGGCUCUCAACAGUUUCUAUAAUUGAACUAGUUCAAUAGUUCAAUAGUUCAACUUCUACAAUUCGUUCAUGAAGUUCUUGUAGAUGUGGUGCAGAACAAGCAUCCCUUACAGAAAAAAAUGUGAUAUUUAUGAUACUGGUACAUGUAUAUGAAAAAAUUAUGAACUUCGUUCCAUGUACAACUUGAUAAAUAUGGGUUCUUGCUUAGGUAGUCUGAUUCAGGUAGUCGUUUGUAACAACACAGAGCAAGGACAUGACAUGAGAAGUCCUUGGCUCCACGACGGCCGCUCCAUCGGUCUGAAAUCUAAAUACUUCACAGGUAGAAGCCUUUGAUUUCGCAUCACCAGCGGUUACGAAUAUGCACGAGCAUUUCGGCGAUCCAGACCAGCCUAAGUUUAUCAACUGGGAUUAUAAUGUGUCAUCCGCUAAGCUCAGUCCAAAGCAGACCGCAAAUUUCCCAGAGCCACUAGGAUCUUCAUCACCCUCAAGUGGGAGUGCUUCCAAAGCAGCUGCUGGUGGAGUUCAAGGUGGUGCAUCUAGUAGUAGUGGUGGACGUGCUGGUGGAGUUCAACGUCAAGGUGGGACAACAUCGCCUACAGCUUCGUCGUCAUCGAAAUAUCCCCCUCUUACAUGGGCAGAGCUCAGCGGCUCGGGUGGCAAGAUAGGCGAACCGCCGCGAGAUGAAACAGGACCGGAGUAUGUUCUUUAUGGAAAAAGAUUGUGGCUUAGGUUUUAAGUACUUACUUCAAAAGAGCUGCAGGUCUAUCGUUGUACUGGUAUAAGUAGUGCUAUUUGUGGAUUAGAAGUAACAAUGAGGUGGUCGCUUAGAUGACAAGGAGGACGGAUUAUAAUAAUUUGUCGGAGAGCCACAUAAAAGACUCACUGCGCCACCUCAUGCUAGGCACAUUCAUUCAUCCACUCACUCACAAUACCUACUUGGCAAACCCAAAUUAUUAGCCCAGUCCCAUUUAAACCAAUACCCCAAGCCCAAAUUAGCCCAGUCCCAUUUAAACCUGGUUCAUAAUCUUCCGCCACGAAAAGUCGUUUUUUCGUCUAGCGACAUAAAGGGAACAGACCGAAGCUGCACCAUAGCGAAUCUGCGACCUAGCCGAGUCCAUUUCGUUAGAAUACGAGGAUGCACGAAAAAGUGGGUGACGGAUUGGUCUUCAGAACUGAAGGCAAAAACGCAUCCACUCCCUUUAUUGGACGCAUUUCCUACCUGAAGAGGUCUAAGCAUGUAUAUGAACGACCUCUUGCUAGGUGAAUGAGUGAAUGAAUGAGGAUGUGAUACAUAUGAGGAUGGGAUACAUAUGAGGUUUAAGCAUGUGAUACUAGUACCAAUUCCAACAUCUUCCCUGACCAUUCAUCGACGUCCUCUAGAGUUGACGGUCUCAGAGGACUACACAAUUUCUAGUUGUGUCCUGUUUCAGGCUACUUACACAACUUCUAUAGUUGGUCUCAGUACAUGAACUUCUUUUAAACCUGCACCCCCCACGACACCUACGUUGUCGCCACAGCAAGCACAAAGUUCAUCGCGAUCCCGAUUCCGUUGCAUGCAAAUGCCCUGUUGACGUAAAGAAUUGAAGCAGCAUCUUCGUAGAACAAUAUGUUGCGUGCCAUCUCUUGCUAUAAUCAAGAGUAGUUUAUCCUUAUAAAAACGAG